CCACACAGUGUCAUCAGACUAUCUCUGUGUAAAAUCUAAUCUAAUCUAAUCUCAUCUGACAUGUCCUUGGAAGCUUUCCGGCUCUCAAAGACUCUAUGAUAAGGAGGACUAUGACUCUGUUUUAGUUUCCAUGAAAACUUGACCAACAUCUAGAAAAGUAACUGAUGCAGGGGCAAAAUUGACUUUAGUUUCAUUUCAUUGUGAUAAACUUCAUCAUGUCCGUUGCAGAGCAGAGCCUUGUUCUCUACGGACGGUGUUGACGGUUCAGCAAACCACCACCAACUAAAACUUCCCCCACAUGGACUGUGGUGUCUGUGUCUUGUGGCGGUCCGCUGGUUGCCUCUGUAGUGUGCGUCUGCUCGGAGGUCUGUGACAUGAAAUUGUUUGGGAAGCCCUGCACCGAGCGACCAUGUGGGCGUGUUUCUCUCGGCCCAACAGUCUCCGCUCUUGUGUGGAGUCCAGAGCGCAAAACGCACUUCUUCUGGUGCGACCGGGGAGCGCAAAAGUAGCAGCUCUCCGACCCUGACGCGCACACCAUCUCCGACUCCGGCUGCCCCCCGAAUCCAACCCCGACUGAGCGGGAAAAAAAAAGAAAAAGAAAAAAAAAAAAGAAAAAACAGAAAGAGAGUUUCUUCACAUCUCCCGGUGACUCCUCCAGCCAUGGACGCAUCCCGACUCGUAACGCUAUACCUGGGCCUGCUGCUUGUUUUCCUUGGGAAUAUACCGUGUUUCCAGUCUGCUGCUAUCAUCUCCCCCUCUGCGCCGAGGAGAAGCAGGGGAGCCAGGAUCUCUCAUCAGGACGGACACAGAUCAUCCAAAUUCCUAAAAGACAUUUUCGCGUCCUCGCAUCCUACCGCGGGCCACCACAAAGAAGAGCUAAAGGACGCUAUUGUGCCGCAUGAAUACAUGCUCUCCAUAUACAGGACGUACUCGGCUGCAGAGAAGCUCGGACUAAACGCGAGCUUUUUCCGCUCCUCUAAAUCCGCCAACACCAUAACGAGUUUUGUGGACAGAGGAACAGACGAUCUUUUGCACUCUCCUCUGCGAAGACAAAAGUAUCUGUUUGAUGUCUCAACCCUUUCAGACAAAGAGGAGCUGGUCGGGGCGGAAUUAAGGAUAUUUAGGAGAGCGCCCGGGGAUUUGCAGACUUCCCUGCAGACGGCGGGUCUGUACGACAUCCAGGUCUACCCCUGCCGCUCCGACAGGCUGCUGGACUCCAGGUCCCUGGACCCGCUGGACUCCACCAAGGCCGGCUGGGAAGUUCUGGACGUGUGGGAAACGUUUAAAGCCCACCAGCACCACUAUCACCACCCCCACCCCCACCCCCACCAUCACCUCCAGGGCAACCAGCAGCUCUGCUUCCAGCUGCGCGUCACCCUCGGCAAGUCGGACACCGAGGUGGACCUGAGGCAGCUGGGGCUGGACAGGAGCGGCCGGCCCCAGCGGGAGAAGGCCAUCCUGGUGGCCUACACCCGCUCCAAGAAGAGGGAGAACCUGUUCAACGAGAUGAAGGAGAAGAUCAAGUCGCGGAGGUCGGUGGGGGAGAGGGAGAAGGAGGAGGAGGAGGCGGUGGUGAAGGUGAAGCCGGCGGAGGAGGGGGCGUCGCUGCGGGGGGUCAAAGGAGAGGGGCCCCGGCGGCGGCGGAGGACCGCGCUGAGCAACCGGCACGGCAAGAGGCACGGGAAGAAGUCCAAAUCCAGGUGCAGCAAAAAGGCGCUGCACGUGAAUUUCAAGGAGCUGGGCUGGGACGACUGGAUCAUCGCGCCCCUGGAUUACGAGGCGUACCACUGCGAGGGGGUGUGCGACUUCCCCCUCAGGUCGCACCUCGAGCCGACCAACCACGCCAUCAUACAGACGCUCAUGAACUCCAUGGACCCCAACAGCACCCCGCCCAGCUGCUGCGUCCCCACCAAACUCAGCCCCAUCAGCAUCCUGUACAUAGACUCGGGCAACAACGUGGUGUACAAACAGUACGAGGACAUGGUGGUGGAGCAGUGCGGGUGCAGGUAGCGGCCCUUUUGUCAUAAUAAAGACAAUUAAUACAUUUAAACACACACACACACACACACACACACACACACACACACACACACACACACACACACACACACACACAGAC